CAGCGACCGGUUGUAAACUAAAAUUACUACAUAGAAAACACAAAUAUAAUUGUAAUAUAUUGGUAUAUUUUUGAUAAUUAUGACGGAACCAAAGCAAGAAUGCAAGCAAUUAAUGCCGCGUGCCAUUUUUGGCAUUAACGGAAAGGUUGAGAAUGGUGUACGACAGCAUCCAAUUGAUGGAUCAGCUAUAUUUCCACUGGGCAAUAAGAUAGGCAUUGCUGACUAUAAAAAGAACACACAGGAGUUUGUCGCCGGCCACACCAAUUCCAUAUCCUGCUUGGAUGUAAGCAAGAGUGGUAAAUAUUUGGCCUCGGGUCAAGUUAACCACAUGGGAUUUCGCGGCUAUGUCAUCAUAUGGGACUAUGCCAGUCGCAAAGAGAUUGUACGCCAUGAUUUGCAUAAAGUCAAGGUGCAGGCCAUUUGCUUCACGGCCGAGGAUCGCUUUGUAGUCUCUAUUGGUGGUAAAGAUGAUGGUUCAGUUAUUGUUUUCGAUAUGCAGACAUUUUCGCCCAUCAGCCGGCAGCCGGCCACUCGCGCCAUCUCUGGCAAUGCGCUUACUGUGCGCCCCAUGCACAACAAUCCUUUCUUCUUUCUAACAGCCGGUGAUAGGCACUUGCGUCUAUGGAGCAUUCUACGUGAACAGAAGAAGCUUUACGUGCAGGAUGUGCACUUGGCUGGAAAGACACGCCAGUUCUAUUGUGCGCGCAUAGAUAAGAACGAUGAGUAUGCCUACCUAGGCACCGGCACUGGCGACAUUGUAAAGAUUGUGCUCAACUGUUGCGACAAGGACAAUGUCACACGUCCAGGCACCACCAGCGGCAUUCUGGGAGCAUUCGGAACUCACAAUCCGCGUAAGCCAAUGGGCAGAGAUUGCAAUCGCUAUGUCAAUGGCGUGCGUGCCUUGUACGUAAUGGAGGGAGGGCGCCUACUGGUUGGCGCGGGUGAUGGAGAGGUAGAACUAGUCGAAGAGCGUAAUGAUGUACCAUUGAUCAAUUUCCGCGACUAUCCUGGGCCCACUUGGCCCUAUUUGCGCACACUUAAGCGAACACGUGUCUCUGGCCGCAUUUCAUCGUUUGUGCGCUCCACCUCAGACAAGUUUUACAUAUGUACGGAUACAAAUGAGAUUUAUAUGCUAAACACAACCACUUGGGUGCUGAAACUGCUGCGCACCUGCCACGCCAAAGCAGUCUACUUUAUAACUUUUCCCAAAAACUAUAGCGCUGUCUUUGCCACUGCCGGUCAUGAAAGCAUACGCAUCUGGUCUUCCAACCGCAAGCAGGAGUUGCUACGCAUCAUGGUCUACAACUUUAACUGCGCCUGCGUGCGCUUCUCUCAUGACGGCACCAGUAUUGUGUCUGUCUGGAACGAUGGAAUCAUACGCGCAUUUACGCCCAUAACUGGGCGCCUUAUCUAUGCCAUACCAAAUGCUCAUAACAAAGGCUGUAGUGCCUUGGCCGUCGCAUCUUCCGGUCGUAUUAUAGUUACGGGCGGCAUUGAGGGUCAGGUGCGUGUGUGGAAGAUAGAGCCAUUCCGUCAAGACUUGGUGGGUGUGCUCAAGGAUCAUUCAGGUCCCAUUACCUCGCUGGACAUAAAUUACCUCGACACUGAGGUUAUUUCUGCAUGCACCGAUGGCUCCUGCGUCAUUUGGGAUAUUAAUCGCAUGACACGCAAACAGGUGCUGACCGCCAACACACAGUUCAUGUCGCUUUUCUAUUUCCCAACUGCUGUCCAGGUGGUAACCUGUGGCUCUGAUGGACGCAUUAUCUAUUGGAUGGUGUACAAUGGCGCUCUAAUACGCGAGCUGACUGCCUCCAAGAAGUCUUCAGUGAACUGUGUUUCGCUUAAUGCUACUGGCGACUAUUUUGUCAGCGUAGGCAGCGAUUUACAGGUGAAGCUAUGGGAUUAUAACAGUGGCGAUGUAGUAGGCAUUGGAUCAGAGCAUGCCUCAUCUGUAAUAAGUGCUGCAUAUAGUCCUAAUGGACAAAACUUUGUAACAGGCAGCACAGAUGGUUCACUGAUAAUUUGGGAUGUGCCACCCGAGUAUUGGGGGAAGCCCAACCCACCGGAUGGACCACAAUAUACGCUACCAAAGGCGCCUGCCAAAGGUAAAGUGGUGGCAGCUCGUGUUGACUCUGGCACACGCGUAAAACCAGCACCGGGAGAAAAUAUUAAUGGACUGCUGCAGUCUACGCCAAAGGAUGAUAUCUGCUGUGUCGAGUGCCCGCCGUGCGCCAAAGCAGAAGUAAAAGGCAAGGAUCCGUUUUCAGAGUGCAAGAUUGUGCCUGAUGUGAGGAAAUGCUAAUUUUGGUUUGUAGAUAUUAAUUUGUUCAUGGCAAUAUAAAUAAAUGCAUAGACUUUGCUAAAGAAA